AUGGGCAAUAUAUGCCUGGAGGAAUCUCAUUCCCUACAUUGGGUUGCCCCUGAAGCCCACACUGCGCCACUCUUAGCGACACGUACUACACCUGUUCUACUUGCCAGCGGUCACCAGAUUCCUCUUGCACAAUCUUGUCCUACCCUUGUCCCUUGCCAAACUCAGUUACCUGCUGCAAAGUGCCUGUGGCAGAAGGCCAGCAGUACGCAUGCGAUGGUUCAGCGUGAAGAAGAUGAAGCGAUCCAUGAUGCCCUACAGUCUGAGUCCCAGCCUCCCCAAGAAGACUCUCUUGGGUUAUAUGAUGACCCUGACACAGGUGAUGAGGUCCACCAUGACCCACUUCUCCAUACAGAACAACAUGAUGGAGAUUUGGAUGCAGAGAUCAUCCCCAAUGUACAGGUUGCCCCCUCCAACAGUCAGCAUGCACCUGUGGAUCAGGUGCAGAUCACGCCAAGAAGCAAGUUUGAAGCACCACUCAAUCCAUGUCAGGUAUAUCAAGAUGCUCAUCCAGACUGGUUUGGAUGUAUCAUUAUCAUCAUGGUGGCUAUUCUACAUGCGAAGCAUCAUGUUUCUUUUCAUGCUUAUGCUCUGAUUUUUCAUUGUGUUACCACCAUUCUCCUCUCUCUAGGCAUUCUUCAUCCCAUGCAGCCUCUUCCUACAACUCUUAACACUGUUAUUCACCGCCUUGAUCUCCAUGACCGUUUUACUAUUUAUCCAGUCUGCGGUCAUUGUCACCAUAUUUUCCCUACAGAUAUACCCACUAACGUGCUGUGUUCCGACUGUGAUAGCCAGCUAUUCAAACCAGUCUCUGAUAGGCUCUUCCGGAUGGUAACAGGCUGCAAAGCUCAGUGCCCUCCUCCAGUGUGUGCAGCACCUAUCCAGGUACCAUCUUCCUUGUGA